AUGGCGAAAGGUCUGGUUAUUGGCAUAUUUUUUUGUGUACUCCGUUCAAUACUCGUGAAUGGAGACUUUCAGCUACAAAACGUGGUUUGUGAGUCCUUAGACACGUCGAUUUCUGAAUUUAGGCGUUGCGAGAUGAAGAUUGUACGUCGUGGUGUGUCCGCCUUCUUUAUGGCCUGGAAGUGGUAUAAAACCCCUAUCAACAAUUUUGAUAUCAAUUUGUCGCUGCACAAGAGAUCAAACGGAUAUCUUCCAUUUCUCUUUAAUCAGAGCCUGGACUAUUGUUACUAUAUGCGCAAUCCCAAGGCGCAUCCUUUGGUUUUCAUGAUGCACAAGACAUUCCUGUCCGUAUCAAACAUAAAUCAUUCCUGUCCCUAUGACCACGAUAUGAUCAUCAAUGAAUUCAUCUACAAAAAGAAUGACUUGAUGGAUCUGCCCAUACCCAAAGGGGACUACAUGAUACAAGUGAAAAUUGCCACGGACAAGAAAUAUAAGGCGUGCAUAAAAAUUUACGCAAGAAAAAUGGAUUGA